AUGAGUGCAUCAGGCCACGGGAGUUCAGAAACACAGAAAUACGGCAGCGACACGUGCCAUGCCUAUGUUGAUGGCGUCUCUACUUCAUACGGCUAUGUGCCCUCGCUCGCCGCAGCCUCUACCUUUGUAGCCCUCUUCGGCGCUUCGAUGCUAGGCCAUGCCAUCCAAAUGGUGUGGUUUCGAACUUGGUGGUGCUCCGUGUUUUCACUAGGAUGCUUAGUCGAAAUUCUCGGAUGGGCAGCCCGAAUUUGGUCUGCUAAAUGUCCCUAUGCUCAGACACCAUAUCUCAUGCAAAUUACCACCCUUAUCAUAGCACCAACAUUCUUCACCGCAGGAAUCUACGUCCUGCUAGCCCGCUUCAUCCGCAUAUUUGGCCCCCAAUCGUCCAUCCUUUCCCCUAAGCUCUACCUCUGGAUAUUUUGCACCUGCGAUAUCAUCUCGUUAGUCGUCCAGGCAGCAGGCGGUGGAAUGGCUUCAUCAGGAGCUGGCGGUGGGGGUUCGAGCUCCAGUACCAGCUCGGUGAGCGCCAGAGACUCCUCCUCCUCCUCCUCCUCCUCCUCCUCCUCCUCCUUGUCUCAGUCAACCGGAACACAUAUCAUGGUCGGCGGCAUCAUCUUCCAACUUGUGGCUAUAACAGUCUUCGUUGCACUUGGAGCUGAUUUUGCUUGGCGCGUGUUCUGCCGCGAAGUGCCCUGCCGCCGGGGUAAUGCGCACAUGCCAGUAGUGAUCGCUUUAUUCUCGGCCAUGGUUUUCUCGGUUUUGUUGAUAUAUAUCCGGAGUAUCUAUCGUACCAUCGAACUGCUACAUGGCUGGACGAGCUCAACGAUGCGGAAUGAGAAAUUGUUGAUUGGGUUGGAUGGGGCGAUGAUGGUGCCAGCUGUUAUUAUUUUUAAUCUUUUCAUCCGGGGCAACUGCUGCGAAGAAUUGAAAUGCGGGCGAACUCGGUACCUAUGA